AUGACUUGUCUUAUGGGAAAAAGUACCUGUACCCAGGCGAAAAUGAAAGGCAGUGCAGUUAUGGAAUGUGAACGAGGUGCGUGCGAGCAGAAUUGUGUAUCUAGGGGACAAUGCAGAAUGAACUGUUCAUCGAAAAAUGUGACGUCAGGAAGCUGUCGGCAAGUGUGUAAUGACAGCAAUUGUGAAUCAAUGGUCUGCAAUGCUGCAAAAUGUACCCAAACUUGCUCUUAUGGAGACUGUAACAUGAUUUGCCAUCCCACAACAAACAUUUGUUUCCAGCGUGCACAACUAGGAAGGACAACUCUGCAAUGUGAUGGUCAAUUUUGCGAGCAAAGCUGUUCUAAUGGGGAUUGCAGCUUGAGUGCCCCGUUGGAGUUAAAACAUGCGAGCAGAGUGGGGUUGGUGGGAAUAUAACAAUGAGAUGCCAAGGAGAUGUUUGCAGGCAGACUUGUACAAGUGGUAGCUGCAACUUGAUGUGCUCUGAGAAUGUGAAAGAAUGUCAUCAAGCAUGUUCUACUGCAUAUGUAAAUUGCCAUUUCAAGUGU